AUGUCUGGAACCAAUAGGAACCAUCGCAAUUGGAGGAGGAAUGCCGUGGUUUGCCUUUCACGACCUCUAGAGGUCAUUAUUGAGAAAGACGAGGAUCUGGAGAUACUUGUAUCCACUCCACCAACUAUCAUCAUCACACCCCCAACUCCGGAAGUUGGGUCGGGAACUGAAUGGCCUGGACCGAAAUCCGAUUCAGAGACAGAGGACGAAAAGGGGCGAACUGAUAGAGAUGCCGUUGGCGAGAAAGACGAUGUUCGCAUUCGAGGUGGUGGUGGUCGGCAAAGAAGAUCGUUCACGCUGUCUGCCUCUGAUGCCGAAGAAGAAAGAAGUCGAUCACCCAAACAGGCUCGAACUUCAUCUGAUAGAGUCUUUCGCAUAUCCCUCAAAUCAAAACUGGCAAAAGCGACCGGGAUCAAGGCUAAUGAAGAUGUCCAAAGAACGACUAGCAGUCCUUCUCAUGGUCCUGCUUCGUCGACUGAAGCAGGAGAUAUCAUUGAGCAGGUGGUAUCUGAAGGCAAUGUGCCUUGGAAAUUCAAGUGGAAGCCGCGCUGGGUUCCAGAUACUGCCGCCCAGCACGAGGCUAUGGUAGUCAACCUACAGUCAUGUCACCAUUUUAUCGACAAUGUACGAAUCGAUACGCUUGCUGCCUACGAGGCUGCCAAAAUGAGGACGAGAGUGAAGACAGAACUUGAGCGUUGGAAGACCCCUGGAAAGAUAUACCCGGGAGGGUGUGGAUGUCAGAACCGCUCAAUCAAUAUCCAAAAGUGUAAUAGCAAAGUAUGUAAGAGCGAAUCUGAGAGCUGCAGCAAAUUCUACGGUACAGGGGACUCCAUUUCUGGUAAUAUGAACGAGUCCUGGGGACCAUGUGGUUCCGACUUAGACGAGGAUAAAGCAGAAGAUGCAAUGAUGUUCUUCUGA